AUGGCAUCAGACCACAACCCGCUUGGCGACUGGCUGAAGACGCUGAGCCAAGAUGAGCUUGAGAAGCUCAGAGCCAUGCAUUCUGCAUCAGCGCAGGCAGCAGCCGACACCGAGGACCUUGAAGAAGCCGCAACGGCCCAGCCUUCCCAGCCUUCAGCAUCUGCGGGGGAUGCCGACACAGCUGCCGUAACCGAGCUGCCAAUCGAAGCCGAAGAAGAGUACAUGCCUAUGGAGGAGCCUUUUUCUUCCACAGCCUUCCAUGCCGAGCCCCAAGAAGGUUUGUACUCCAUGAUGGGGGAACUCAUCGCCGUGCCUUCCAUAGUCAUUGCAGCCACACACACCAGCAGCCUAUGCCACUGCUUUUCUUUGACCCUGAAGCCACAACCAAAGCCGAUCAACCUCCACGAGCUGUGGCAGCUUAUUAAGCGUCCCGACCUGGGAGUGGCCAGAGAAUCAGGAGCCUACUUAACAGCCGACAGGUUCGCGGUCAGCCCUCCAGCCAGCUUUUUCCCUUCCUUCCCCAAUGCUCCCAUCAACCGCGAGGCGGAUACCUCCCCGAUGCCUCACGCCAAGGCCGAACCUCCGCCGGUCAAGGCAGUGCCUACUGGAGCCGUCCCGCCACCAACAAAGCAGCCACCUGCCUCCAAGCCUUCACAGCCAACCAAAGAGAGGCCGCAGCAAAAGCGCCCUUGCGAGGUUUUGCAGAAUUGGAAGCCUCCAGCAGAACAGAAUUUCCUGCCAGACGCUGCCAAAGCCCAGCCUUCGGAGCCCAAGACCAAGGCCAUGCAGCGGUGCAGCACCCACCGAGUUUUCUUCGAGCCCGAGUUCCUUGCAGCCGAGCACAAGACCAAGUACUCUGGCCCCUAUCGCCCUGCCAAGCCUUUCGGGCUGGCGGUCAUCUACGAUUGCCGCACCUGGAUCAACUUCUACGGCGUCGACUCGCAAGACCAGCCUACGGACGAGGUGGAGUUCGAGCAACCCCUGCCACUUCUCGAGUGGUUCUCAGCCGACACGGGUGUGCUCCGCUAUUGGCGCCAGGAUCCGAGACGCCUUCCCGAAGCCUUGGUGGACCGCCGCAAACAGCUCACGAUUGAGCCUCCAGCCGACCCUUACCUUUACAAGCCGCCAGCUAUGGCCUUGCCAAGAUUGCCUUGCUCGAACAUGCGCAACUGCAUCAUGUUGCCCAGCCUUACGCUGCCGCACACGUACGAGCUUGACCCAGCCUUCGCCCGGGUGUAUUAUAUGGGCAGCCGUGGUGAGUUGCGUUGCGGCCUUCCGUGCUCGACCGUGCCUUUCUGCCCUUUCCAUUCAGCCUGUGGUCGUGAGCUCAACCGUAAUUCGGUUGAGCACGACGAUAAGCACUCGGGCCACCAGUGCUCGCGCUGUAAAGAGUUCACAGACCUUGGACGAAGCCCUUUUGAAUGGUUUUCAGCCGUCCCCCCGCAGGCCUCCACGGGGUAG